GAGACCGCUCGCGCCGGUUGCGGCCGGACAGAGUUAAUGAUUACGGGUGGCGGCCCCGCCCCGUCUGCACUCCCCGCCCCGGGGCGGCCCCAGCCCGGCCCCGCCCGCCCGACGGCCGCCGGUGCACCCCGUGCCGCGCUCGCCCUCUCCGCCGCCACCUGCUGCUCGCCCGCGCCCACGCUGCGCCCCGACAUGGCUGGCAAAGCACACAGGCUCAGUGCUGAGGAGAGGGACCAGCUGCUGCCAAACCUGAGGGCCGUGGGGUGGAACGAGGUGGAAGGCCGAGAUGCCAUCUUCAAGCAGUUCCAUUUCAAAGACUUCAACCGGGCCUUUGGCUUCAUGACAAGGGUGGCCCUGCAGGCUGAGAAGCUGGACCACCAUCCUGAAUGGUUUAACGUGUACAACAAGGUCCACAUCACCCUGAGCACCCAUGAGUGUGCAGGCCUGUCGGAACGGGACAUAAACCUGGCCAGCUUCAUCGAACAAGUAGCCGUGUCCAUGACCUAGACCCUGCCUUGCCUCGUUGAAUUCUUCAGGGAAAGGGGUGACUGAUCUGGAAAUCCAGAGAGAACAGGGGAGCCCCCCAAGUGCUGCUGUAGUCAAAAUUGCUAUGUCCACCUUGCUGCCUCCAUUUCGGGGCGAGUCCUUGCUGUGGGAAGAGAUGCCAGUGUCACUGCCAACACCAGGAACUCGGACUGUUUUCCUCCACACUGCCCUUCAUCUUGGGGCCCUAAAGAAGGUGCCCUCGUUUGAAUAAGAUCUUCCCAUUCCUUACAGCUUUCCAGCAACAGAAAUGAUUUUCUUUCCAGGCCGUAUCUUGCUCCCUUUCUAAUUCAUUUCCCAAGAAGCUGUGGUAGGAGCUGUGUCUAAGACAGACAGAAUCUUAGAAACCAGAACCUUAAUGCCAGCCCCCUCCUAUGUGAUAGAAAUGCAUGCUUUUAUGCCUCAAAUAAAACUUGUUUCACUUGGC